AUGGAUAGGUUGAUCAGUAGUAGCCAGUUUCUUCACUUAGUCCUCCUCCUACUCUUUAUCAUUUCCAAUACAAGUUGUAUUAAUGCUCAGCUCCAUCGAGAUUUUUAUCGGGAUUCGUGUCCAAACGUGGAGUCCAUCGUCCAAUCAGCAGUUGAGCAGAAGUACAGACAAACUGUUAUUACAGCAGCUGCAACUCUUAGACUCUUCUUCCAUGAUUGCUUUAUUCAGGGUUGUGAUGCUUCCAUCAUACUGAGAUCCUCAGGAAAUAACACAGCAGAAAAGGAUCAUCCAGACAAUAUGUCACUUGCUGGAGAUGGAUAUGACACUGUUAUUAAAGCUAAAGCUGCAGUUGAUAAUGUCCCUGCUUGCAAGAACAAAGUCUCAUGUGCUGACAUCUUAGCCAUGGCCACAAGAGAUGUCAUUGCAUUAGCAGGAGGACCACAUUAUACUGUUGAAUUGGGAAGGAGGGACGGCAGAAUUUCUUCACAAAAUAGUGUACAUAACAAUUUACCUCACUCUGACUUUAACUUGAAGAAGCUCCUUCCUAUGUUUGCCUCUCGUGGUCUCUCUAUCAGGCAUUUGAUUGCCCUCUCUGGAGCACAUACACUAGGAUUUUCACACUGCAACCAGUUCUCAAGCAGGAUAUACAGCUUUAACAGCAAACGCAAGGUUGAUCCAACAAUUGAUGCAGACUAUGCUACGGAACUCCAAGAGAUGUGCCCACAGAAUGCAUCUCCUAGAGUUGUCAUCCCCUUGGAUCCAGACACCCCUCAAGUGUUUGAUAACAUGUAUUUCAAGAAUCUUCAGAGGGGUAAAGGGCUGUUCACUUCAGACCAGACACUGUAUACUAAAAUGGGAUCAAGGAGAGUAGUGAACAUGUUUGCAUCAAACAAGACAGCUUUUGAAAGGGUCUUCAUUGCUGCCAUGACAAAGCUUGGAAGGUUCGGGGUCAAAACUGGAAAUCAUGGUGAGAUUCGAAAAGAUUGUGCUGUAGUGAACUAAGUAAACAGAAGAUAGAGUAGAUCAAAGAAUUGUUCUAGGACCAUUAUGCAGCAGUUGUUUCAAAUUCCAAUAAUUACGAAAUAAGGUUUAAUCAUGUUAAUGAAGAUCUGGAGUAGGUAAAAA